CUGCAAUGGCACAUGAUAGACACGCACCCAUCGUUCAGCCUACGCCCAGGCCAGGGAUUGAAUACAUAAGGGAUGAAGGUGGAUUGCCAAGCGCAAGGAGGAUCCCGGUGCAGCAUGGUUUGCCGUCCCCUACUCACCAAGUGGAUUCGCCCCAAGGAUCAAGCUAUUCUGAAGCUUCUCCGAUCGAUGAAUGGCAGAACCCACAGUACUAUAGCUCUAGAUCUGGUGGAGCCCAAGACCGAGGGAGGGGGCGGAUCUGAGUCUCACAG